GGGACAUCCGAAACGACCUGUACCUGACCCUGGAGCGAGGCGACUUCGAGAGAGGAGGGAAGAGCGUUCAGAAAAACAUUGAAGUCACCGUCUACGUGUUGUACGCCGACGGAGAGAUCCUCAAGGAGUGCAUCAGCCUGGGGUCCGGGGAGCCCCCCCUCCCAGAGCACCGCUCCUUCGUCCUCUAUCACAACAACAGCCCUCGAUGGAGCGAAGUCAUCAAGCUGCCGAUCCCCGUGGACCGCUUCAGAGGGUCGCACCUCCGCUUCGAGUUCAGACACUGCUCCACGAAAGACAAAGGGGAGAAGAAGCUGUUUGGCUUCUCCUUCACUCCUCUGAUGAGAGAGGAUGGAACCACGCUGUCAGACGAGAGCCACGAACUCUACGUUUACAAGUGUGAUGAGAACACGCUCUUCAGUAACCACGCCCUGUACCUCGGGCUGCCCUGCUGCAAAGAGGACUUCAACAGCUGCUCCAGCCUGCCCUCCAGCCUGGUGUUCCAGCGCAGCGCCAAGGAGAACUUCUGGAUCCAAACCCAGCUGUCCUCCACCAAACUCACUCAGAACGUGGAUCUUCUGGCGCUGCUGAAGUGGAAAGCUCAUCCGGACCGAGUGAUGGACAUCCUGGGCCGACUGCGGCACGUCAGCGGAGAGGAGAUCGUCAAG